GGAAGAGCGGAAGUGGACAGGCAGCCGGAAGUAGGUGGAAUCGCGGUCAGCCUGACAGGAUCCUGAGGUUCCGAGAGAAGACAGCCAUGGAGUUGGGCGAGCUGCUGUACAACAAGUCCGAGUACAUCGAGACGGCAUCUGGGAACAAAGUUAGUCGCCAGUCUGUUUUGUGUGGAAGCCAGAACAUCGUUCUCAAUGGCAAGACCAUUAUAAUGAAUGACUGUAUCAUCCGAGGAGAUCUGGCAAAUGUAAGAGUUGGACGGCACUGUGUUGUGAAAAGCCGUAGUGUCAUAAGGCCACCAUUCAAGAAAUUCAGCAAAGGUGUUGCAUUCUUUCCUCUACAUAUUGGGGAUCAUGUCUUUAUUGAGGAGGACUGUGUGGUCAACGCUGCUCAAAUCGGUUCUUAUGUUCAUGUUGGGAAGAAUUGUGUGAUUGGGCGCCGGUGUGUCUUGAAAGACUGCUGCAAAAUUCUCGACAAUACAGUAUUACCUCCAGAAACUGUGGUCCCACCAUUCACCAUCUUCUCAGGCUGCCCAGGACUCUUCUCAGGGGAGCUCCCAGAGUGCACCCAGGAGCUGAUGAUUGAUGUCACCAAGAGCUACUACCAGAAGUUUCUACCCCUAACACAAGUCUAAUGUCUUUGCUUCAUAUCCUGAAUUCUUUUGAACUCUAAUAUGAACUUGGAGAAAGAGAGCAGUCAGUGACUACAAGAGCUACCAUGUUCUUAACAACUUUUACUCUCUCUCUCUCUUUUUUUUUUAAUUUGGAAAUUUCAAUCCUUCAAGGCUCUGAGUAUUUAAGAAAGUAAUAAGAAGGCUGAAGAGAUGGCUCAGUGGUUAAGAGCACUGGCUGCUCUUCUAGAUGACUCAGGUUCACUUUCCUACAUGGCCCUACAACUGUUUGUAACUCCAGUUCCAGGGGAUCUGAUGGGUUUCUGGCUUCCACGGGCAGCAGACAUACAUAUGGUAAAGACAUAUAUACAGCCAAAAUAUCCCUUCAUAUAAAAUAAUGAACUUAAAAUAAUUUUAAUAAGAGGACAUCUGGAGGAGUUGUGUUUACAUGCUGUGCUUACACCUAAUCUGUCAACAUUCACCAUACCAUCGUCUGAGGACAGAAAGAUCUGUUCCUAACACUCCAUCCCUGUGGUCCUGCAGAUAGCUAGAACCUGGCUGGCAUGGGCCUGCAGAGCAAUAGCACCCUCCCAGCAUGGGGUCACAUAUCGCAGAUACUGCCCACAACCAUAUCCUAUCCCCACUGCACACCACCCACACAGAUGACGCUCUACUUUCCUGCUGCUAAAGAACCAGUGGCUACAAUUUCUUAGACCCUGGGGAAAGGUGAUUUCAGAUCCCAGGUUUCUAUUGGCUAUUAAAACAUGAGGAAAAGAGAUGGGUUGUUGUUGUAGUGAAUAAAAAGAAUGUUGGGUUAUCUAAUGUUUAUUAUUAUUAGCCCUGUGAUUAUCCAACCUCCAAAGGUUGUGGUGACACAUACCUGUCAUCCUAGCAUCUGGGAGGUAGAAGCAGGAGGAGUAAGAUCUACAUAGUAAGCUCACACUUGCCUGGUGUGCUACAUGAGACCAGGCUUCAAAACAUCAAAAACAAAAUCAGUGAAAGAAAAUGUGGAGCAGUGCUACCUGUUUUUGUUUCUGAGUGACCUUAGCUGUUAAUAAAAGACUUCAAACAUCC